CUCCCUCCUUCCCCUUCAUCCCGCCUCCUGCAGCGGCUCCUUCCUCCGCCCAGACGCUCGGAAACUCCCUUAUUGCGAGCUCAGCCUCCGCCGGGUCGGCCGAGGCCGCCGUCUCUCCCUCUCCUUUUCUCCGUCUCUGUCCUCUCGGGGUCUUGUCUGUCCCCGUGUCUCUGCGGCCGAGCCCCCCGACCCCCGACCCCCGACCCCCGGCGAGGACCAGCCCCACCGGCAUGAGCCCGGCCGCCCGGUGAGGCGGAGACGACGCCCCGGCUGUGCAGAGAGGAGGGACGGAGGGAGCCUCCGACAACGCCUUCCCAACGCCCGAGUGAGAGAAAAUGUCAGUCAGCAUGCAUGAAAAUCGCAAGUCCCGGGCCAGCACGGGCUCCAUCAACAUCUACCUGUUCCACAAAUCGUCCUACGCCGACAGCGUCCUCACUCACCUGAACCUGCUGCGCCAGCAGCGCCUCUUCACAGACGUCCUGCUCCACGCGGGGAACCGGACCUUCCCCUGCCACCGGGCCGUCCUGGCGGCCUGCAGCCGCUACUUUGAAGCCAUGUUCAGCGGCGGCCUCAAAGAGAGCCAGGCCAGCGAAGUGAACUUCCACAACUCCAUCCACCCGGAAGUCUUAGAGCUCCUGCUGGACUACGCCUACUCGUCCCGGGUCAUCAUCAACGAGGAGAACGCCGAGUCGCUCCUGGAAGCCGGGGACAUGCUAGAAUUCCAGGACAUCCGAGAUGCCUGCGCGGAAUUCCUGGAGAAGAACCUGCACCCCACCAACUGCCUGGGCAUGCUGCUGCUGUCAGACGCCCACCAGUGCACCAAGCUGUACGAGCUCUCCUGGCGGAUGUGCCUGAGCAACUUCCAGGCCAUCAGUAAGAACGAAGACUUUCUCCAGCUGCCCCAGGACAUGGUGGUGCAGCUCCUGUCCAGCGAAGAGCUGGAGACGGAGGACGAGAGGCUGGUCUACGAGUCCGCCAUCAAUUGGAUCAGCUACGACCUGAACAAGCGGCACUGCUACCUCCCUGAGCUGCUGCAGACGGUGCGGCUGGCCCUGCUCCCGGCCAUCUAUCUGAUGGAGAACGUGGCCAUGGAGGAGCUCGUCACCAAGCAGAGGAAGAGCAAGGAGAUCGUGGAGGAAGCGAUCCGCUGCAAGUUGAGGAUCCUGCAGAACGACGGGGUGGUCACCAGCCUGUGCGCCCGGCCGCGCAAGACCGGCCACGCCCUCUUCCUGCUCGGCGGGCAGACCUUCAUGUGUGACAAGCUGUACCUGGUGGACCAGAAGGCCAAGGAGAUCAUCCCCAAGGCAGACAUCCCCAGCCCCCGAAAGGAGUUCAGCGCCUGCGCCAUCGGCUGUAAAGUGUACAUCACCGGGGGCCGGGGCUCGGAGAAUGGGGUCUCCAAAGACGUCUGGGUGUACGACACCCUGCACGAGGAGUGGUCCAAGGCCGCCCCCAUGCUCGUGGCCAGGUUCGGCCACGGCUCCGCCGAACUCAAGCACUGCCUCUACGUCGUCGGGGGUCACACGGCAGCCACCGGCUGCCUCCCGGCCUCCCCCUCGGUGUCACUGAAGCAAGUGGAGCAGUACGAUCCCGGGACCAACAAGUGGACCAUGGUGGCCCCGCUCCGGGAAGGGGUGAGCAACGCCGCGGUCGUGAGCGCCAAGCUGAAGCUGUUUGCUUUCGGCGGGACCAGCGUCAGCCACGAUAAGCUCCCCAAAGUCCAGUGUUACGAUCAGUGCGAGAACCGGUGGACCGUCCCGGCUACCUGCCCCCAGCCCUGGCGCUACACCGCCGCCGCCGUGUUGGGGAACCAGAUCUUCAUCAUGGGCGGGGACACGGAAUUCUCCGCCUGUUCGGCGUAUAAGUUCAACAGCGAGACCUACCAGUGGACUAAGGUGGGAGACGUGACCGCUAAACGCAUGAGCUGCCACGCGGUUGCGUCCGGAAACAAACUUUAUGUCGUCGGCGGCUAUUUCGGCAUUCAGAGGUGCAAGACCUUGGACUGCUACGAUCCUACGUUAGAUGUGUGGAACAGCAUAACCACGGUCCCAUACUCCCUCAUUCCCACGGCGUUUGUCAGCACCUGGAAACAUCUUCCUUCUUAAUCCCGAGGUCCGACUGGCAGAUGCCGGUUAGCAGCCACUCUAUCUCUUGAUGAAGCAAAUGAACUUCAGCUUUGGAGAAGCGGAUUUUCACAAAGAAAAUACAUUUAAUAAUUCUGGAAUGGAACAACGUACUCUGCACCUUGUAUAUCUUCCAGCCUGGACAUGAAGGAAUGGGAGAGGGAGUUGGGGGGUGGGGGUGGGGGGAUGUCUCAGUGCAGCAGCACAUGGUUUAAAUAUGAAUGAAUGAACCUGUGAUCUAGUCGUUGUGCUAAUAAUUGUGGAUUAAUGUCAAUGUUAAUCAGCCCUUCCGAAAAAGAGAAAAAGGCGGACGUUUUCCUCGCUGCGCCACGCUCGGCUCUUGAUUUCCACGGACUCCACCGUCUAUGUGUGAAAUUUGAAAUGGCUGUCACCUCUCCUUUGGAGGAGGUGACCUGAAGAGUCAGCAGCAGCCUCCGCGAAGGCCAUCCGUCCGCAGCAGGGUGACGCAGCCGGGGGGUCGCUGCAGAACUUGGCCACAGGAGCCUCAAGGCAGACGAGCCCAGGCUGGAGCUUCGUCGAGACCUUCCUCAGGCCACCCUCUCUCUCUCUCUCCCCAGUGAAUGUUUCUGUUGGCCAAGCAGCAGGCCAACCCUCGGAGGAGGAUUCCGAGCAGUGGGAAGGUGGGGAACUCCUCUCCCCGAUCCUUUAUGAAUGCUCUUCGUAUUUAUGUGACUUUAAACUCUCCCUUGACUGGUAUGUUAUUUGUUUGUAGGUUCUAGCUAUUUAUUGUUCCGUGCUUGCAUGCUGAAACAAUACCUGUAGUUGUCUUCACGUGUAAGGACUCGUGUGACUGGUUGUAUGUUUUGCACAUUUUGUGGUUUUUACUGUGCUUUUGCAGCGCAAAAAGGAGAACUUUUGGAACAACUUUCGGGGUGGGUGGGGGAGGGGUUUUUGUCUUUUGUUUUCUCAUUCAGAAAUAGCAGGAUUAUAAGGCUGGAUCUUAAAACCACACACAUCCUAAAGGAAGGAGGAUGGAGAUUGCUUUCUCAGCCUUCCAACCCACUGGGGUGUGUAUGUGGUGUGCUUUGUACAUCUUCUGGCCCAUGUUUCUCCCUUCCCCACUGUCACUCAGCCACAGUUCUUCAAUCUGAUCACUUCUCCAGCGGGCUAUUUUAUUUUUUUCCCCAAUCUGGAAAGGGCCAAGUAAGAAUUUUUCAAUUUCUUGUGUACCUUCUGCUUGCCUAGAGAUAGAUAAUUCUGGAAUAGUUGUGGUGCACAAAGCACUGUUAAAGGCAUUGUCCAAAGUCUAUUUAUUUAUUUAUUAAUCCUAGGGGAAUAUUUUGCCAUAGCCACAUUUCCCAGGAGGACCGAAGCCUCACAUUUUUCAGACAUGGAGAAUUAGGGAACAAAUGGAAGUGAGGCCCGUGAAUGCCACUGUCAUUAUCCCCAAAGGAGCAGCCCAAGAAUGAAACUGACCCAAAAUGACUUUUUGGAGCUUGGGCUUGCUUUGUUCUAACGGCUAAUGAAGCGGCCGAAAGGUGCACGUCUGACACCAGGCACUUGGGAGCGGUCUUCUACCUCCACACUUCUAGCUCCUCGAUUCUAGUUUUGAAUCAGUUUUGGACUCAUAGUUUUCAGGUUCUGAAUUCCAUAACUCCCCAUCAUUAAGACUGGGCAGUUAGUACAAAGCUUGCAUUGCUUUUGUUAGGGGGUGUUGAAAAGACCAGGAUCUCAGAAUGGGGACAGCUUGCAUGGCCAUCUUUCACCAUUCAGAAUUUUAAGAAAAUGGACUCUGGUGUGCACUGCAAAAAUGCUCCUGUGUCAGUGAGGCAUUGCCUUUUCUGGAAAUCAAAUCUGGUACUCCAAUCCUGAGGUCUUUACCACAUGAAAAUCUUGACACUGGCUGUUCCUUAACGGCUCUUUCCACUUGUGUUACGAACAAGUUAAAUAACAUUUGGACCCAGAUUCUGACCUCUUGAAAUCAUUUAAAAAAAAAAAAUGCCUCGGUCAUUUUCUAGCAGGCUGCUAAGGGUCAAUAUCUCCUUUUACCGACUAUCUAAUGAAGUGGGUAAAACUUUUGUUCUUCAAAUUCACUGAUUAUGGCUAGGUAGCUUAUGGUGCAGAUCAGGCUGUGGUUUUUGAGUCCUCACAUCUGUACGGAGGGUGGAUUUCCAGCAGCUGUUUCAGAGCCACGCACUGUUCUUGGAUUGUGUGUAUGACACAAACACAAACUCACACUAAUGUUAGAAUGGGCCUCAGGCCCUGCCAGGAACAUUUUGGUUUCUCACCCUGGGAAUUGACUAGGAAUCCUGGCUCGGUGCUGCACCAUCCCAGCCCUGCACAGCACUCCGCUACACACACUUGGAGGCAAAUGCAGUUCACAGCACAGCGCACACAAAAACCCUGGCAUAAGACGUGAAGGUUCUUCUUAUUUUGUGGGCCGGUUGCUGUGGAAACGCACAACAAAGGGCAGCCUUCCACUUCUGCUAUAAUUGUGUAGACCCUUUUCUCCGGGCCUGACACCUGUCUGAAUAAGACUGAUUAGAGCUGAAUAAUGUCCUUUCCUUGACUAUUGAAGAUGUGGUUCACGUACUUUAAAAAUCUGUAUAAGUGAUGAAGUAAAAUGUCUGUGUUGUGUCUUUUUGUUUGCUACUACAUUUUAAGGUUUUGUAAAACUGCAUUUUUUUUCACAAUGUGAAACUGAAGGUCAAUAAAUUAUUUAGAGAUUUUCUCUUGAA